CCAACAACCACAUGAACGGAAUGUUCGCUCCUGAUAGUGCACAUAUUUAAUAUUUUCUCAGCUCUUGCUUUUCUCACGCGCAAGCCCGAAUUGUUCCACCAAUUGAUCAAUGAAACUGGAGAGCGGACAGCAUGACAACAUAAUCGAAUGUAAACAAAGCACAAACAACAGCUAAUUUGGUGUAACCGGAAAAACAACAAGUCUUCCACGGGGGGGGGGAAAGCGUAACAAUCAUAGAGAGCCGAGCAGCCGCGUGAAAGGAAAAUACACGCACACAUGAAGUGAACUAGUAGUAGACAUUGGGCAGUCGUGAAGUGUGUCGAGCCAGUGGCUGUCGUGGAAUUUGGUGUUUGUUUUGAUUUUCACCGAGAUGUAUUAAAUUGGGCCUUCAUCCAUCGCCACAGAGUACUGCUUAAAACACGGUUCACGCGUGUUCUGCUGGACGGAUACACCUAUCGCCAUUGUUAUUGGAUGGGAGGAAAAUUAUUGGAAUGGAAUUCCCCGAACGACCAUUAGAAGUCUCUUGUGGGGUUUCACGGCUUUAAGGUUUGAUGGAUGAAGAUGGCACUAGUGCCGAAUGAGAAUUUGUAAGGUUCCAUUGAUGAUAUGUGUCUUGGCUAGCCGCUAUCACCGAAGCUGUUCAAGUGGAUGGUAUGCCUUAUCAACAUAAUUGAUGUUUGAUUUGCAAUCGAUGCCAGACAUCCAAUUCAAUUUGUUGCAGCAUAGAUAAAAAGUACCACACCUGUAAAUCAACGACAGAACUACUUAUCUCAGCCGUUGGUCUAGCCACCCUCGCUUAUCAGUCGAUACGCAGCAUCCGUGCUUCAAACACGCUUCUCACGGUUUUCGUUCGAGUGCAUCCGAUCUCAAGGUCACCAUGGAUCCGGCCGCGUUCGGUCUAACGGAGGACGAUGUCGAGUUGGUAGUGAAGCGAUACCUGCAGGAAAAACGCGACAAAUACAACGCGAAGUUUCGAGUGCUUUCGUACCACGUGAAGAGGUUAAGCGAGGAGCCGAUUGGCUAUCUGGGUGAUCAUUACUUUUUGAAUGUGGUGCUGCGUGAAAAGAUGGUGCAUUAUUCGGAAGAGGAAGAAGAAUACGCCGAGGAAGAGUAUCUCAGUUUCUUCAUGAAGGUGUUGCCGGAACAGGUGCCAAAGCUGGCGGAUUAUGUGCGCGAAAUGGGUUGCUUCAGGAAAGAAAUCCAACUGUAUACUCAUCUGAUCCCUCGUUUGCAAGAUGUCAGCAUCGGAACGAAACCUUUCGCUCCGAGAGCGUAUCUUACGAAGGAUGAUAAAAUGUUGAUUUUUGAGAAUCUUAAAGCCGAAGGGUACCGGAUGGUCGAACAUAAUAAGAGUUUGUUGGAUCUCGCUCACUUAGAAGUGGCCCUUAAGACCGUAGCGAAGCUACACGCCGCCUCUUUAGUACUUGAGGAACGAACCAAACAACCAAUUACAAAACUCUACUCGGGUCACUUAAAUGAAAAUGUGUACAUAAAUGACGAAGGCUACGUACGUAAAACAAACUUGGACAAUGCGAUUAGGGCUCUUUGUGAACUUAUAAAACGAAUUGACAAAUACAAACACUCGGACCAAUUGGACUUCAUCUUGGAAAAGUUCCCCGAAGUGAUUAGGAAAAUUUACGACUUCGCUAAGCCCUCCACCGUGUACAGAAACGUGUUCAAUCACGGAGACCUGUGGAACAACAACCUGAUGUUCAAGUAUGAAGAGUCGGAUAAAUCACGAGCAAACAGUGAUGCAGGUUUCGCCGAGGCUGGUGCUGACGGGCAGUCGCACCACCACCAACAAAAACAACAUCAAUGUGGUGAGCGACGCCGACGCAAGCGUUCCUCCGUCAUCAGGCCCAAUCCAUUCGACUUUCAAAAUCUCCAUUUGCGGCCAGGCAUUGUACCUAUGCAGUGCGUUGUGGUUGAUUUCCAAAUUGCCAGGUACUCCCCGCCGGCGUACGACGUGAUGUCCCUGCUGAGUACCACAACGACGAGCGAAUUCAGGGCUGUCCAUCUGGAACGGAUGGUUCAGUUGUAUUAUGAGCUGUUUCUGAACGAACUGGAAUGGUUCCAAAUCGACGUUGAUGAAGUUUUCCCCGGGAAUCAUUACAGGGAAUCCUGUGAGGAGUACAAAUUAGCUGGUUUGAUUGACAGUAUUCUGUUUAGACACCUAACGCUGCUUCCGACCGAAUUGGUUUCGGAGUGCAAAGAAUGCCCCGUUCCGGUUUCGUUCGAUAAUUUGCUGGGAAAUUCUAUAUCAGAGCUGAGUACAAAGGCGUGGGAUAUUAGCGAAAAUUAUCGUUUUCUGAUGACGGAUCUACUGGCGGAUUUGAUCGAUACUUACAUUCUAGAGAAUUAGAGUACAGACGAAUGGUUUUGUUUUACUGGGUAGGUCUCCCGCAUCCAGUUUCCUGCAUGUUGUUGGAUUUCCAAUUGGCACGCUACGCACCACCUGCCCUGGACGUUUUGACCGUAAUUAUGCUUUGCUCAGAUAGCGGUUUUCGCAGAGAAUAUUUGGAUGCUC